AUGUCAGCGGGAGGAUACCAUACCUGCGCCAUCUCUAGGGACGACGAGACGGGCAAGAACAUGAUCAAGUGUUGGGGGCUGGUCGACGAUGGUCAGAUCGGCUACGUUGACGGCAAAGUCGUGCUGAUAGCUGCGGGGCGAAAUUUGUUGCCAGACAUGAUGAAUGAUGAUGAUGACGUUGAUGAUGAUGAUGAUGAUGAUGAUGAUGAUGAUGAUGAUGAUGAUGAUGAUGAUGAUGAUGAUGAUGAUGAUGAUGAUGAUGAUGAUGAUGAUGAUGAGGACAACGACAACGACAACAACGAUGAUGAUGAUGAUGAUGACGACGAUGAUGAUGAUGAUGAUGACGACCGACGACGACGCAAAAACAUUCAGACGACGAGCAUGAGGAGUGUUGAGAGGUAA